GGGCCUGGGUAGCAGCGUGGCAGGUCCCGUCCUGGGUCCCUGCCCGCCCAGCCUGUGCCCUGCGCACGUGGGCCCCUGCCGCGCUGCUGGGCUGAGAGCUGCGCCCCACAGGCCCCGACCCCCCGCUGGCGCCCUCGGCGCAGCGCCUGGGACAGCGCCGGAGACGGUCACCAUGUCCCAAAAGCAGCGGGAUCUGCUGGAACUGGGGCGGCUUGAAUACUUACAAGCGCUGGUCACCGAGUUCCAGGUAACAGAGAGUCCAGAAGCCAAGCAGCAAGUACUGGCUAAUCUAGCCAACUUCGCCUACGAUCCCAAGAACUAUGAAUAUCUCCGACAGCUUCAAGUCCUUGACCUGUUCCUGGAUAUGCUCACAGAAGACAAUGAGAUCCUUGUGGAGUUUGCAAUUGGGGGUCUUUGUAAUCUCUGUCUGGAUAAAACAAACAAGGACUAUAUUUUGGAGGCAGAUGGGGUGGCACCUGUAAUAAACUGCUUAUCCAGCUCAAAUGAGGAGACCGUGAUGUCAGCGGUGACUACUCUGAUGUACUUGACCACACCACAGUCUCGCCAACAGACCACAGCGCUCCCAGUGGUGGAGUGCAUGCUACGUUUCUCCCUCUCAGCUAACAGGAGGCUAAGCAACCUAGCAAGGGUCUUCCUUGAGGAUUACUGCUCUCCUGUGCAGGUGGAGGAAGCCAGGAACCUGAGCAAACAUACAGCUGUAGGGAUCCCGCUCCCAAAGGACUGAUGUUAUGCAGAGCAGAUGGAGUAGUUUAAGAUUAUUAUUGCGUGAGAAGAAAUAUUCUUGACUCCAUCUUUAGAGCCCCCUCCACCUGCAGGAUAGGUCAAGAGGCUGGUGAAACUAGUGAAAGACAUUCCUAAAAAUCUGCCUCGGUUUGAAAGGGGCAGGUGGGGAGCCGGGACAUGAGUCCAGAAGCCAAGAUUAGCAGCUAAACUGCUACAAAACAAAUCAUGGCUGUUAAAGAGCAGGACAAGCGACUCCUGAACCAUCAUCCAAAUAACCAUUUCUGAUGUUACCAUUUCCAGUGUGGUUGUCAGGUAAUGUAAACCCAACACAAUUCUUUUACAGCACCUUCACCCUAGCUGCAGCUAUUGCUGCCCGUCCUCUCAAUUAUAGCUUUGAAACAUGUUUAAA